AUGGAUCAUUUUAUAAAAGACUUGAAAUUAUUAGCUAAACCGUGCAAUUUUGGAACUCAAGAAGAUAGUCUUAUAAGAGAUAGAAUAAUUUUAGGGGUCCAAGAUCAUAAUUUGCAAGAAAAACUAUUGGGAAUAAAUAAUUUAAAUCUGGAAACUGCAGAAAGCACUUGUAGAACAACAGAAGCUACUAAGCUUCAAGCAAAAGAUUUAAACAAGGAAGAAGUGAAUUUAAUUCGAAGAAGAGGAUACAGUCAAGGUGACCCUAGUACUAGCGACAGUGGCAAUAAUAACGAAAGAGAGUACAGUUGCUUGAAAUGUGGCAGAAGACACACCAAAGGCAAGUGCUUUGCUUUCGGAAAAAAGUGCGCUAAGUGUGGACUGGAAGGACAUUUUGCUGUAGGAUGCAAAAACAGUCACAAUAGAAAUAUAAAUAGUAAUCAACAUGUAAAUGUUGUUGAUGAAAAUGAUUCGAGUGAUGAAGAUUUUGUUAUUAACAAUCUAACUGUAUUCAACAUUUAUGACAAUGAUAAUUCAGAACUUGAAAAAAUAUGGACAAAAAAUGUAUGUAUUGAUAAUAGUGUAAUUAAGUUUAAGGUUAAUUCUGGAGCUCAAUGUAAUGUACGUCCAAUAAGUUAUAUAAAAAAAUUAGAAAGGGAGAAUGACAUAAUACAUUCAGAGCAAAGUAUUAUAGCCUAUGGCGACAAUAAAAUCAGAGUUGUAGGAAGUAUAAUCUUAAAAUGUUUAAUUAAAAAUAAUAUUCAAAAUGUAAAAUUCUUGGUUGUAGAUAUACGAGGCAAACCUAUUCUUGGAUUAAAAACCUGUGUAAAAUUAAAUAUAAUAUGCAAACUGGAUGAAGUUAACUUAAAGAAUAAAAGAGAUUCUAAAGAAAAUUUCAUUAAUCAGAAUAAAAAGUUGUUUGAAGGUACUGGUAAAGUUUCGUUUAAAUAUAGGAUUUUAUUAAAAGAGGGUUACAAACCAGUUGUAAGUAAUUGCAGAAGAGUCGCUGACAAACUUAAAGGAAAGCUAAAAAACACUUUGGAUGAGUUAGUAGACAAAGAUAUAAUUGAGAAGGUCGAUGAACCUUCAGAAUGGCUAAGUAAUAUAGUUUGUGUUGAAAAACCUAAUUCAGACAAGUUAAGAAUCUGUUUAGACCCUAUACAUUUAAAUAAGUAUAUUUGUAUAGAUAGGCAUCCUGUACCAACAACAGAAGACAUAGGCUUAAAAUUAAGAGGGAAAAGUAUCUACAGUGUGAUAGAUAUGUCAUAUGCCUUCUAUCACAUAGGAUUGGUCAAAGAUAGCCAAAAAUUAUGCACAUUUAUAACACCAUUCGGUAAAUAUCGUUUUAAGAGGUUAUGUUUUGGUCUAUCAUGUAGUCCAGAAGUUUUCCAACGAGUAAAUGAAAGAAUUUUCGGAGAUUUAAAUAUCCCAAUAUAUUUUGAUGACUUAAUAAUUGCUGGUAAAGACGAAAAAGAACAUGAUUUGAUAAUGAAUAAAGUACUAGAGAGAGCUAAACAGUUUAAUGUAAGAUUUAAUGCUAACAAGUUACAAUACAAAGUAAAGGAAGUAAUAUACUUGGGGCAGGUUUAUUCCAAAGAGGGGAUAAAACCAGAUAAUUCAUAUGUAGAGGCAAUAAUGGCUUUAGAAUACAUAGGGGAAAUGUGCCUAUGA